AUGGGUAUUAUUGAUGGCAAGUAUGAUGUAACUGUGGAGAUUAAUUCAGUACAACAGUUAACAUUGAGGUUAUUUGAUAUAGAGACGCAGAAGGAAUUUAUGAUCACAUUAGUCUAUGCUAAAUGUGAUCACUUUGACAGAAUUGAGUUAUGGGAUUCACUGUAUUAUUUAGCUCAAGACAUGACUAUCCCAUGGUUGGUUGGAGGUGAUUUUAAUGUGAUUUGGGAUGAAGAAGAGAAGUUUGGAGGGCUGCCAGUCCCUUUAAAUGAAGUUGAUGACUUCAGGCAUUGUAUGACUACUUGCAACCUUUCAGAUCUUGGUUUUAAAGGGAGUAUAUAUACUUGGUGGAAUGGUCGUGCAGAAGAAGACUGUAUUUUUGAAAGGCUGGAUAGAGUUUUUGCUAACUUUGAAGCUCAACAGUUAUGGCCAGGAAUGGAGGUCACUCAUCUGCCCAAAAUUGUACGGGAGAACUGGGAAGCAGAUCUCUAUGCAAAUCCUUUCAUAUUGUUUAAUCACAAACUCAAGAAACUGAAGAAGGCUCUAUCAACAUGGAGCAGGGCUACUUUUGGUGAUAUUUUUCAGAAGAUAGCUAGCUUGGAAGAGGUAGUUAGAGUUCAUGAAGCUCAGUUUGAAAUUAAUCCUGCAAAACAAAAUAGAGAAAGAUUGCAGAAGGUGCAGGCAGAAUUAAUCAAAUAUCUGGCAUUGGAAGAAAAGUUUUGGAAGCAGAAAGCUAGAAUGCAAUGGUUCAAUGAUGGAGAUAGAAAUGCGAAAUUAUUUCAUGCACAUGUGAAUGGGAGGAGAAAGAGGCUACAGCUUAAGAGAAUCCAAAACACAGCUGGUGUUUGGAUAGAAGAUAAGGAAGAAAUGGCUAAUGAGGCAGUACAAUUUUUUCAAAAAUAG